AUGCAGCAGUCUGUUCAAAACGGCAGAAAACCGCCAGUGUUUUUCCGCGAGGAGUAUAUUGGAUUCAUCGUCAAGGGUAAUUUCAUGACAUUAGCUGCAAAACCAGCUCUAGUCGAGGAGGGCGAGUGGCUUUCCCACCAAGUGGUCGAACAGAAUCGUCUGCUCAGCGGCAUGGUGAAGAUCGUGCAGACGGAAGAUCGUAGCAAUGGCGUCGGCCUCUGCAACGAGAAGUCAUGUCCAACUAUGUCAGCCGGAGGCACAACUUACACCUGGAUUGACACAAACCGCAAUCCCAUUCAUCUGCCAGCAGCAACUUACAUCAAACAUAUCCAGACCUGGGUAGCUGGAAAGGUUCAGGACGAGACUGUGUUCCCCACGGCAACGUUCCAGCAGGCACCACCUCUUCCCCUUCCACAGCAAGCGGGUAAUGAUCCAAACAAUUGGCUGGGUAAGGCAUCGGGCUUCCCACCGCGCUUCGAAGUGGAGAUCAAGAACAUGUACAAGCAGAUGUUCCGCUGCUACGCUCAUCUUUACUGGUCACACUGGAUGCAGUUCUGGGACCUCAACGUAUACCGCGACCUCAACACCUGCUUCAUGCACUUCGUCAAUGUUGGCCGCAUCUUUGGUCUCCUGUCUGAGAGAGACACGGAGCCCAUGCAACCCUUGAUCGACUUGUGGGUUCGUCGAGGCGACCUUCCGGACGGCGAGCACAAGACCGGAGCCGCAGAUGCAGCGAAGCCGGCGACUGCUGCUGCUGCUGCUCCAGCUCCGGUAGUAUAA